CGUUUCGUGAGCCGACUGCAAGCACAGUAGAUCAUCGACCGACAACCCUUUCGUGCGCAAUCAUGUCUCGCUGCGAUUGAUCCGGUAGCUCCCCCAUUUUUUUUUUGUUCCUCGUCGUUUUUUUUCAACUCCCGGCUCGUACGUAAUUAGAAACAGUAGUAAGUACACAGUGCCAGGGAGAGAUCGAAUCGCCGUAACGUUUCGCAGCUGCCGAUACGUAUCGACGUUUCGCGGCCAGCAGUGUGUGUGACACAUACGACACGCGAUUGUCGCCCCGUUUCAACCCUCGGCCGUACGUCUCUUUAUUUUCGACCUCUUCGUCCUUCUCACGCGCUCCGUUCGUUCACGCUGCGAGGAAAUAUGGAUGAGACCAACGGGAAGAUGCAGAACAAGCACGAGGACGUGGACGCUGCAUCCCUCGGCGCUGACAUCCUGAACCCCUUCGUGCAUCGUCUCGAGCUCGACACAACCUACGACAAGCUCAAGACGGCAUUCCUGACUGUGGCUCUACUGCCGUUCAGACUGGCUGCAAUUACGGCACUGGUGAUCAUGGCUUGGCUCUUGGCUUGUCUAGGUCUCCUUGGCUUGUCCGAGGAAGAUCUUCGCAAGGCACCUCUGAAAGGGUGGCGACGCAAAAUAGUGCCCUGGCUGUGUUUUAUGGGCCGGCUGACGUACCAAGCUGGAGGAAUGAGAAUCGUGGUUCGCGGAAGGCAAGCUACGAGGGCGGAGGCGCCGAUCCUGGUGGUUGCGCCCCAUUCGACCUUCAUGGACGGAGGGAUCGUCUACAUAACCGGGUUUCCUUCGAUCAUCGUAAGACGGGAAUCGGGACUGAACCCGUUCAUCGGAAAACUUAUCAAUUAUACGCAACCGGUCUAUGUUUGGAGGGAAGAUCCUAAUUCCCGGCAAAAUACGAUUAAGGAAAUUAUCGAAAGGGCUACGUCGAAGGAGGACUGGCCACAGGUGAUGAUUUUCCCCGAAGGUACUUGUACAAAUCGAUCGUGCCUAAUUACAUUCAAAUCAGGUGCAUUCUAUCCCGGUGUCCCUGUUCAACCUGUCUGCAUUAGGUAUCCGAAUAAAUUGGACACCGUCACGUGGACUUGGGAAGGUCCUGGAGCGUUGAAGUUAUUGUGGCUUACGCUAACUCAACUGAAUAGCAGUUGCGAAAUAGAGUUCCUCCCCGUCUACAAACCGAGCGAAGCCGAGAAAACAGAUCCUAAGCUUUACGCGAACAACGUGCGACGACUCAUGGCAGAAGCACUUCAAAUCCCAGUUUCCGAUUACACUUACGAUGAUUGCCGAAUCAUUACCAAAGCACACCAGCUACACAUACCCCGAGCAUCCAUUAUAGUCGAAGCUCACAAACUGCGAAACAAACUCGGUUUGGGAUCCGCUAAGACAGAGGAGGAAUUGGUGCAGAAGAAAACCGAGAGAUUUAGCGACGAAGUUGACCUGCACGAGUUCGCGCAGAUCCUCAGAAUAGACGAGAAAGAGCCUGCUACUCAACAACUCUUCCGAAUACACGAUAGAGAAGCAACGGGUAAAAUUGAUUUGGAGGAAUAUUUAUUCACAGUAUUAGCGACGAAAAACGCAAACUCGGAAUUAGAUAAAAUUGAAACUGCAUUCGAGGUAUGCGGUACUAAAACGUUAUCGUGUAUCGAUAAAUUGGAGCUAAGGAAAGCUUUAAAGUUGUCGUUAAACAUGUCGGCGGAAGAGUCUGAUAAGAUUUUUCAAAAUUCGAAGAUCGAUCCCUCCGACACGACAGUGAACUUCGAAUUCGUGCUAGCCGCGCUGGCAGCAAGAGCAGAAUACGCUCAUAUAUUCGCCGGUAGUACCGAAACGAGGAAAAAAAAUAUUUGAGAUUAUUUCAUCCACUCGUUCCAAGCUCAUCGAAGAUACAGGACUCGCCGUACCUAUGACCGGCCGCUUCUCAACCAAACAUGCGUCAGUCCCGUAUAAAACUGUUGUCAUUCUUGCUAAUAGUACUACCCUAUCAACGAAUAGACAGCCAUUUUUAUUUAGUAUUAUUAUAUCGUUGACGAAGCAAGAUAAGGUGACCGUCUUCGUGAGAAUGAAAGAUAAACGGAACGAGGAGAUCGAUAUAAUUGUAAAAAGAAUUUCGUUACUUGAACGAAUCGCUGUAUUGGCGUUCAUGUACGUUUGUAUGAACGGAGUCAAUUUUCGUAGGGAACGUUGGGACCCGAAGUUAGAAGAAACCAGAAAGGAGAGAGAAGAAUAUCUAUUUAUUAAUUUAAUUAAUUAUUCUAAUGUUUUAAUUUGCCACGAGGUACGUACAUAAUUACUUUCACUUACGAAGGUUUCAAUUUUUAUAUCGCGCUGUUCUUUGAUAUGAGAUUUCGUAUUGCAAACGUGUAUUGUUUAUAGAAACACAGAGAGAGAGAGAGAGAGAGAGAGAGAGAGAGAAAAGAUCUUAUUUUUUAUUCAUCACUCGACUCACACGCAUACGAAUGUAAUUGUGAUAUAUAUUUUCUUUUAUUUCAAGACAUUAAGGAGAAAUAUUAUGCAUAUGAACUUUCUUUGACACGAAUACACAUGCUCGUCUCUCCUGCCGUUACUCGCGUUGAAUUAUGAAACUUUCCUUCUUUCCUUACCCAAAGCGUCAUUAUUGAAAUUCAAAGUCAUGUAAAUAGUAUUACACCAAGAAGGUUUCUUAGACGUAAGCUGACGCAGGUAUUACCCUCCGCGUGUAAGCGAAUCAAGACGGACGAGUCGUCCGCAGAAAACAGAAAAAAAAUUAGUCAUAGAAUUAUCUAGAUUGCUCAGGGUCCUACCGAUUAAAUAAAUUCGAAGGCUAUCGAAUAUUUCGCGUGUUCUAACGAAGCGUGUGCGUGGCAAAACUGAGAAAUUGGAGUUUCUAAUAUGUCUAAGGAAACGGAACAUGUUUAGGACACUGCAUUUAGAAUAAAUAUAUUACAAAAUUUAUUCUUUGCACGGUAAUAAUACAUACCACAGUAUUUAAUAUUUAAUAAACAUGAGAUACAUAUACACGUGUGUAUGUACAUCUGUAUGUAUGCGUAUACGAGAAUAAUGACGAUACGUUUUGUUGUGAACAGAUACUAUGCUGAUGAAGCUGAACGGUCGUGUGCAUACGCAUACACGCACAUGUGCAUGUAUGUUUACAUUAUAUACAUAUAUUGUAUGCCAAUAUAUAUGUAUAUAAGGGAGAAUACGUAAUUGUAUAUACUAUAUAUAGAUACAAUAAAAUAUUCUUACAAGAUAUCGUCUAUUUUAACUAAAUUUGAUUAAUUUUGUUAUUCCGCUUAAUGUGAGAAGAACAGUAUCAUCGAUUAGAUUUAAGUACAAAUAUACACACAUGUUAAAUGUAACAGAUCUAUCGUAUUACAAAAAAUUAUUGGACGUGACACAAAAUAAAGACUGCUUUUCUUCGUAA